UGUCAAUUGGGUUAACUCCGGUGUGGAGUGCGUAUCUGUGUUUUAAAAGUUGUUGCAUAACGCCAACCAAUACUCGUUGAAAAUGAUAAAACCAACCACUUUUAAAGCUGUGAGCCAAGUGGUUAGCAACCAGCUGACUAUUAAUCCAGUGGCCGUUGCAUCUGUAAAAAAACCAGUGUGCAAAAUUCCACCUUUCCCCACCUCAACUGUUUUGCUUAGUAAAGCCCUCCCUACAGGAAACAUCGCGGUAAGCACUGGCCCUGCUGUGAGUACCCAAAUACGUUUGGCCCAUACCGAUAUCAAUGUGCCAGAUUGGAGCAACUACAGAAGAGAUGCAGUCAAAUCUCCAACUGCAAAAUCCAGUGAGAGCGAACAAAGCAGGAAGAACUUCACAUACUUGUUGGCUGGGGGCUUAAGUGUUGGUGGCGCCUAUGCUGCUAAAUCAGUUGUUACCCAAUUCGUCAGCACCAUGAGUGCAUCAGCAGAUGUAUUGGCUUUGGCUAAGAUUGAAAUCAAAUUGGAUGCAAUUCCAGAAGGAAAAUCUGUUACCUUUAAAUGGAGAGGUAAACCCUUGUUUAUCAGACACAGAACAGCCAGUGAAAUUUCUGCUGAACAAUCUGUGGCUGUGGCAAACCUUCGCCAUCCUCAACAUGACAAUGAAAGAGUAAAGAAUCCAGAGUGGUUGGUCGUUUUGGGUGUAUGCACUCAUUUGGGUUGUGUCCCAAUUGCUAAUGCAGGCGAUUUUGGUGGUUACUAUUGCCCAUGUCAUGGUUCCCAUUAUGAUGCGUCCGGUCGUAUUCGUAAAGGACCUGCUCCACUUAACUUGGAAGUACCAGAGUACACCUUCCCUGAAGAUAACCUCUUGGUUGUAGGUUAAACCCAAUUCUGCACUAAUUCAUACUUUUAGAAAAUGGUUAUUGUAACAACAAUAUUGUGUAUAUAACAGUUAUUAAAUAAUUAAUUUAAAACACUGUGUUAUAUAAAACAAACCCUAAUGGAUAGUUUUAAUGGCCAAAAUCAUUAUUUAAUAAAUCAUAUUAUUGUUUUAAAACACCUUAUCAAAUAUGCAAAUAUAAUGUGAUUUAUCUAAAA